AUGACUAUCCUGCGUAAAGCUUGCCAAAAUUGCACUCUAGCAAAGCGGAAAUGCGUGGUUCAGCUGCCAAAGUGCACUCGCUGCGCCCAGCGGGGCCUGGAGUGUACCUAUGAUCUCGAGCCUUUGAAAGCUGCAACUGUGCAGGAUAAACAGCUACACACCAUGACGUUCAACACGAGCGUAUGCGAUACCCCGGGAUACUGUUUCAUGAAGAGCGUCAAUCUCCACCCUCCUUUCAUAGACCCUGCAAUUUGUGGAACCGGAAACACAGAUAACCUAGAGCUUUUGCGUCUAGGUUAUCAAUGUGUCCCGGAUCUUCUGAACCUGGGAAAGCCUGCGCUUUUUGUACAUCCAAAGCUGCAACUUCAAGGCAACUCUAAUCACAUUGUCGCAUUGAUGGAGGCUCGGCAAGAUAACCUGGACCAUGAAAUGUUUGAACGCUUGAUCCAACUUGACGUCAAGCAAAUAUCCCUUAUGGAAAACUUGACCGGCCUUCAGUUGCUUCUGGUUUACGGAGCCUUUCUUUUCCCAGCUCAACAGAUAGAUACGCAGGUAUUUCUCAAGGUCAUUUACGAAUGGGCCCAUACUCUGUUAGCAUCGGCCCAGACUAGAAGGCCUCGAGACCAGUCUCCAUGGCAGGCGUGGCUAUUUGGAGAGAGCGUUCGGCGCACUAUUGUCUCGUCUUACGGUCUCGGGAUGGCUCUAAGUAGCUUCAAGUACGGAUACUGCACUCAUUGGUUGUUCAUGGAGUCGCUUCCAUUCGACGAACGCGCCGGCCUGUGGAUGGCGACGUCGCCGCAAGCCUGGAUAGCGACAGCCGGGGCGAGAACUGGCGAGGAUGUCGGGGAGAGGCUCAUUUCACUGCAUGAAUUUGGGCAACGAUCUGAUGGACCAGGCUGUGAUUUCCGUGGAGACGCGUUUCUAGCUCUGCUGGCCUACGCCCACAACGGCUGA